AUGAAUCGAAAUGAUGCCCUUCUUAUAGGAGCUGUGGUACUUCUUCUGUGUUGUGCGGGAAGUGUGGCCUACACCUACGCCAUCACCUUUCGUGAUAAUCUGCCGGCUUCGGGGCUCAUGGAGAUGAUGUUUACGCAAUCACAUUUAUUUUUUAACGAGUUCUAUGAAGCGCCAUGGGUGCGCUGUACUCCUUAUCUUAUUGGAUUGGGUGUUGGCUAUUUGGUCGCUCGAAUCGGAAGGAAAAAGCCCCGAUUACACUGGGUUAUCGUGGUAAUUAUGUGGAUAGUUGCGACCGCUAUUGCGCUAUUAGCCCUUUUUGGAGUUCACAAUUACAUUAAGGGAGACGAUAAUUGGAGGUAUAUUAUUCAGAAGUUCAGUUAG